AUGUCGUUGUUGGAACGUCUCAAAGAUUUCGAUGCAUACACGAAACCGCUAGAUGAUUUCCGUGUUCGGACAUUUGCUGGUGGAGCUGUUACUUUGUUAAGCAGCGCUGUGAUCAUAUUUAUGUUUGUAUCAGAAACGCUAUCGUUUUUAUCGGUGGAAAUAGUUGAGCAGCUUUAUGUGGAUUCAACACCUGCUGAGCAACGAGUGGAUGUUAAUUUUGACAUUACGUUUCCCAGAUUACCUUGUUCUGGUUCGAAUCGUUUUCGUUUUAUGAUAACAAUUGAUGUGAUGGAUUUAAGUGGCGAUAAUCAGGAUGAUAUCAAGGAUGAUGUAUAUAAAAUAAGUUUAUUAGAUGGAAAAGAAGGAAGUGGAGUGAGGCAAGGAGUGAAUAUUAAUACGACCACGAUAUCUUCAGUGCCUGCUUCUCAAGUUUUGUGUGGUAGUUGUUAUGGAGCCAAAGACGGAUGUUGCAAUAGUUGUGAAGAGGUGAAGGAGGCAUACAUGAGAAAAGGAUGGGAACUAAUCAAUAUCGAAACAGUAGAGCAAUGUAAAAGCGAUUUAUGGGUUAAAAAAAUGAACGAACAUAAAAAUGAAGGUUGUCGAGUUUAUGGCAAGGUCCAAGUCGCUAAGGUUGCUGGUAAUUUUCACAUUGCGCCAGGUGAUCCACUCAGAGCCCACCGAUCUCAUUUUCAUGAUUUACAUUCACUUUCACCGUCAAAAUUCGACACAAGUCAUACAAUCAAUCAUUUUUCUUUCGGAAACUCAUUUCCGGGAAAGAUUUAUCCAUUGGAUGGAAAAUUCUUUGGAUCUGCGAAGGAUUCAGAUGGUAUAAUGUAUCAGUAUCAUCUAAAAUUGGUACCGACCUCAUAUGUUUUCUUGGAUUCUACGAAGAAUAUCUUCAGUCAUCUUUUCUCUGUCACUACUUAUCAAAAAGAUAUAUCUCAAGGAGCGUCCGGUUUACCUGGUUUUUUCGUGCAAUAUGAAUUUUCACCAUUGAUGGUCAAAUAUGAGGAAAGGCGACAGAGUCUGUCUACAUUUCUUGUUUCAAUAUGUGCGAUUAUUGGUGGUAUUUUUACGGUUGCAAGUUUGAUCGAUGCAUUCAUUUAUCGUUCGGGACGAAUUAUUAGUCAGAAGAUUGCGCUUAAUAAAUAUACAUAG